AUGGCGACCGGUGAGAGGCGAUCAAAUCUCAGGUUGCUCAGGACGUCAUUGAUUCUGGACCAAGGCGACACCCGCACGACUCGCCAUGGAGACUGUCUCAGACGGUGUACUUACAUCGCGAGAACAGUGUCCACAGACGCUGACCUGCAUGUCCUUCCUUCUUGCAAAGCGUAUCAAAUUUCACAUGAUUGUUCUGCAGACCAAGUGCAGGAGACCAAGUGCAGAAGGAGUGACGUACGACAGAUGAAUGACGGUACACUCGUCAUUCGUGGAGAGAAGUUUCCGUCGCGAAAUGUAGGCGGUGUUGGUUUUGUUGUGCACCCAUCUGUCGUCCAUCUUGUCGAUUCUCACAAGAUCCUGUCACCUCGUCUGGCCAUUCUUCGCCUCCGCCCUCUGCGCCAAAAACCCAUCAGUAUCAUCAACUGCUACUCACCAACAUCAGCAGCUGAUGAACCCGAGUUGGACGCGUUUUACAAGGAGCUGGAGGAAGUAAUCCGCAACGAGAAGUCCUUCUACAAAUUCGUUGUCGGAGACUUCAACGCAAAACUAGGAAAGGCCACAGAAGAAGAAUACAGGAUUGGAAGAUUUGGACUAAGGGACCGGAAUGAAAAUGACAAUCGUCUCGCCGGGCCACUGUGCGCUGCUCGCCUGUUUCAUGGGAACUCUCUUUUCAUGAAAAAAGAUCAUCGUCGGUGGACAUGGGAAUCGCCCAAUGGCGCGACUCGUGCGGAGAUCGACCACAUACUCACCAGCCGGAGUUGUUGUCUGUCAUAUUUCUCUAGUAUCCUGAGAGAUAAUGGGAUAACAACCGAGCAAUCACAAAACUGCAGAACUUGUCCCGGCGGCUGCGUUGCGGCUCUCCAUCAGGGCGCCGUAUCCUCCCCACAGCUAGAUUUGGUCACCUUCCGUCAGUCUGUGAACCACUUGUACCAAGUCGAAACUAGAAAAUAG